UCAGUUGCAGUUUUUGUGCCAGUGAAGUUGUACAGAGCAUCUUCUGGAAAUUAAUUUUUGUAGUGACAGUUCUAUUUGACAGGUGCUGUUUGUGUAAAACACAGUGUUUUUGAAGAAGACAUCAUCUUAUGAGAGACAAGUAUCGCUUGUUCAGUGGUAAAGGAAAGGACAUUUGGCAUCCCAUUUAAAGUGAACUUUACAGUCAACAGUUUAAAUUAAAUUCUGUCAGUGUUUGAAAAGAGCUUUUGCAAGAGAGAGAAAAUAUUUCCUCACAUUAAUAUUCAAAUAAACUCUCUUACAGUUUGCUUAGGGACAGUAGACGCUGUAUUAUUUCCAUCAAGAUUUAUAUACCUCAUUGCAGUUCAGCUUUCUUAGAAACAUUGGGUGAUGUGAUGAUAGAAUGAACAACUAAAGUUUGUUUUGUCUAUAAGCAUACUUCUCACUUGUCAGUACCCCACUGUCAGCACCUUGUAAUAUUGUAAACAUCUGCAAAUGACAACUGCCUGACAUUACUCAGGCCAGUAUUUGCCAUGCCAGCAGCUGCUUUGCCUCAUCCUAAACAGUCUGCAAAGAAGACAUUAGAAAAUGGUUGUGCACCACGACCUCUUAAUAUUGUGAAGAAAGCCCAUGAGGAUUUGUCACACAGCCAAAAGGGGGGAACAGUGUUAAAGAGCAAAUUGAAUAAUGGCCGGCUUAAUGGGUGCCUUCCUGCAAAAACCCCUCUUGCGAGGAGUGCCAGUAAUGGCACUGCUAGGACAGAUAAGAACGUACGGAUCCCCAGAAUUGUUGCUGCUGAACCCAAGAAGGUGCAACAGUCGUUAUCAUUGCCAGCAGGUAACUUAAUGUCAAAGGUUGUUGACACUGUUAUCAGCACAAACACGGUGGAACCUUGCUCAGUCGUCUCUGGCACUGAGGAUAAAAUUACUCACAACAAAGUAGGUGUGUUAGUUAAAUGUGAGCCUCUAAAUGGGACAUUGGAUGAUGCAGGUGAUACUUUUGCUAGCAAGACACUGAAAUAUCCACUUAGGAGAGAAAGUAGUAGUUCCCAUAACAGCAGCUCUCUGCCGAAAUUUCAAGGUAAACAAACAAGUGGUACAAGAAAGGGUCCUUCAGUUUCAGGUUGCUGGCAGACUACCAGUAAAAGCAGAGAUGAUGGGCACAUUCCAACAAAACCAGAACUGAAGUCUGUUAUCAAAAUAACUUCAGAGACUCAGGAGAGGAUUAGUAAGUCAGAUUUGCAAUCACCGCUCAUCUCUCCACCACGAAUGAGCAAUUCCUGUGACAAUUUGUCAACAGUGAUUGCUGUUAACUAUGUGCCAAACUCCAGUAGUAGUGGUACUGAAAAGACUGCACUGGCACCUCCUGGGGAUUCCAGUAGUGCUCCUGGUGCUGUGACAUUUUCACCAACAGUUAUUCCCAUCAAUUAUAAUGUAGCAUCAAGUCAAGAGCAGCGGCAACCUCCAGUGCCCCCACGAAAGAUGUGUUUUAAUGGGAAAAGUUCAGUCUGGGGCAAGUUACGUGCAAGAUCGUAUAGCCAGCCAUCACUAACAAAUGAAGCUCUGAAUAUAAAUGUAAGGCAUGAAGAAAGUGCACCACCAUUGCCACCACGGCCAUCAUUAUCUGCAAUGCAGAACAAAUCACUUAGUCGUGCUGUUAGUGCUGUCAAUAUAAAUGACCUUUCUUUUAGUCACAUGCGGUACGGCAAUCAUUUACCUAGUAAAAUACCGAGAAGACUUCCUUCACCGAGCCCUCCAGUCUUCAGUGACCAUUCAGUGACUGUUAGCAAUGGUGAUGUUCAAACGAAGAAUAAUAACCAAAAAGACAUAGUGAUGUGUGGUAAAAGUGACCUUCAGUGUGUGCUACAGAAAUAUGAAGAAUUGGAAAAGGAGUGUGAAGAUUUAGUGUCUCAUUCAGGGAAAAGACUGGCAGAUAAACAUGCAGUUUAUUCUCCAAAACCAAAUCAUAACAGAUCUGCCAGUGAGGCAAGUAAAAGAACAACCUCUGAAACAGUUCUAAGCAGUAAGAGCUCUCCUAGAAAUGUGUGCUUGGUGUCACAGCCUGACAAGAAAAUUGUGAGAUCAAAAUCUGUUGACAGAUGUAAGAAUAGUGUGUUCUCAGAAACAAAUAGAUCCAGAAGGGAUGGUCCCCGUCAACACUCUCCAGAGAAAAGUCACAGCCAAGACAGAAACCAUAAGCCUACAAAUGUCAGAUCGAAUUCACCUCUGGCAAAAGCUGGCGGUGGUGUCACAAUAAAAUCAACAUUGAAACGUGAUUUCUUUUCAACUGAAUCUCUGAAUAAUAAAACGGAUAAAACUCAAGCUAUACAUCCGAAAAGUGAUGUGGUUUUGACACAAAAAAAUGUAACGGAUGAUUGUAAAAAUGUAAAUGUCAAACAGCUGGUUCUCAAAAAUGAAAAACUUGGUAACAAAAUGACAAUUUCAACAAGUCUCAAUGCAAAUGAAGACACUGGGGAUUCAAAAAGCAACAGUACUGAUGAUAAAGCAAAUGUUGGAAAUGUGUUUCGGCAUUUACGAAGCUUGUCUAGUGACUCUCAAAAAUCACUGUACGGGUUAAUACAUCUAUAUCAUAGUGGUGGCUAUUGGACUGGUUUUCCAAAGUUAUCAAAAGAGGAAGUGGAUCCACUCUUUAAAAAUAUGGAGAAAAGUAGUAAAGUUAUUGAGGAUGUAAAACAAAGAAAAGUGGAAAAAAUAAAAAACCAGAAGACUGACUAUAGCAACAUACUAGCACCUGGUGGAGGCAUUGGAGUGGUUCGUGCAUAUACAGGACGCCAGAUUUCAGAUUCACGCUACAGGACAGAGCUGGAGAUAUUCUUCCGUUCUGGUGUUCUUGCACAAUUGGAGGCUCAGCGAGACGAACGGCUAACUGACCAUGUUGUGAGGCUACAAGCACAGUGCCGAGGAUAUUUAGCUCGGCGCAAGCUUCAUAAGCUCAAGAUCCAGGACCUGGCAGUGCGCUGCAUACAGCGCAAUGUUCGCAAGUUUCUGUUGAUCCGUGAUUGGCCAUGGUGGCGACUUCUGGUCCGAGUCACUCCCCUUCUCAAUGUACACCGCACUGAAGAAGAACUGAGAGCCAAGACGGAGGAACUGGAAGCCCUCCGAGCAAAAGUAGAGAAGUUGGAGCAGGAACGCACUCACUUGAAACACGAUACAGAUCGUCUGGAAGCAAAGCUGAGUGAAAUGACAGCAGACCUGGCUGAAGAGCACUCAACAGCAACACUUGCUACAGAGCGUUUGGAAGCAGAAACUGCUGAACGUCUGCGACUUGAGAAAGAACUUUCAGAAGUCCAGUAUCAGAAGCAGAAUCUGCAGCAGACAUCAGAGCGACUGGAAAUGGAAUUGCUGUGUAUGCGAUCUGCAGCUGAGGUGAACGGCUUGGGAUCAGAUGAUGAGGGUGAAGGGGAGGACUCAUCGGGGAGUGUGUACAAGCAGCGCUAUGAGCGGGCUGUGCGUGAACUGGAGUUUACACGCCGUCGCCUGCAACAGCAACAUGAAGAUGACCUUGAGCAGCUUGUUGCACUUAAGAAACAAUUGGAGAAAAAGUUGGCAGAUGCUUAUGAGGAAGUGGAAGAACAGCGGCAAGUUGUCGGACAAUGGAAGAGGAAAGUGCAGAAGCUGAAUGCAGAAAUGAGCGACCUCCGUCUUUUGCUAGAGGAACAGAAUUCUCGGAACAAUCUUCUGGAGAAAAAGCAGCGCAAGUUUGACUCCGAACUUCAGUUGCUUCAGGAUGAACUACGACAAGAAAAGCAGCAGAAGGAGCGUAUUUCACGUGAAAAAGAUUUGGCCAUUGCAGAAAAGUAUUCUCUUGAGCAGGAUCUAAGUGGUGUGCGGCUGGAAUUGGAACUCAAAGAAGAAAAGGUUUCAGCUCUUACACAGGAAUUAGAUGAACUUACUUUUGGAGGCAAGACUGAAGAGGAGGUUGCUCAGCUCAAGAAGGCAAAACAUGAAUUGGAGAAACGGCUGAAGGAACAGGAGGAGGAACUAGAUGAGCUUGCUGGCCAAGUUCAGUUGUUGGAGCAGGCAAAACUUCGGCUAGAGAUGAGCUUGGAGCAGCAGCGCAAAGAAAGUCGGAGAGAAGCCGCCCAGCGGGAUGAAGAGCUAGAGGAUGCUCGGUGUGCAGCACAUAAGAAAGUCAAAGCACUGGAAGCCCAGUUAGAAUCAGAACACGAGGAACGUACCGCUCUCCUGAGGGAACGACAUGAACUGGAGAGGCGGUUAGCAGCUGCCGAAGAAAUGGCUCGCGCUGGUCGCAGUCAAGAAGAGGAGCAGCUGCAGCGACUGCGGCGUGACCUUCGCAGGACUAAGGCCCUCUUGCGGGAUGCACAGGCGGCGCUUGAGAGGGCGAGGGCAGACUCUCCGGGCAAAGCUCUUGUUAGACAGCUUCGAAACCAGUUGGAAGAUCUGGAGGUGGCCCGAGCGGCAGCAGUGAAGGCGCGUCAGACAGCUGAGCUGGAGCUGAGCGAGGUUCAGGCUAUGCUCGAGGAAGCACAGAGGUCUCGCUCUGAGGCAGAGGAUAGAGCAGCAGCCGUUGCAAGGGAACGUUCGGAGCUGAGGACACAGUUGGAAGAGAAUGAAGAAGAGCUGGCAGAGGUCCUCAAGAAGUACCGUUCGACAGUUCAGCAAUUAUCUGCAGAGCAGCUAGCACUCCAGGAGCAGGCAGGUCGUGUCUCAGAACUGGAAUCUGAAAGAGCUUCACUUCGUGAACAGCUUGCAGAACUGACAACUCGUCUUGAGAGCAUGGAGACCCUGGGUGAUCCAUCGUCAAGCCUAACACAACGUCGUCUUGAAAUGCGCACCAAGGAGCUGGAGUCAAAACUUGAGUUGGAACAAACUACACGUGCUCGCUUAGAGGUCCAAAUAGCACGACUGAAGGAAGCAGUUGAAAGACUUCAGGAUGAGGCGGCGGCAGCACGUGCAAAGGAGCAGGCGGCAGUAGAUGCGUCCCGUAAGCUGCAGCGUACUGUUCGUGAACUACGGGAGGAACAAACGGCAGCGGCAGCUCGUGAAUCCGAAUGGGCCGUACGUAAGCGUGACCUUGAAAAGCGGCUGGAGGCUUCUGAAGCAGAAGCAGCUGCUGCACGUCAGGAUCUCCGACUGGCACUUACUCGAAUAGAGGAUCUCCAGUCAGCAAUUCGUGGAGAACUUGAAGAUGGAGAGGACAGCAAUGAUGAUGAAAAUUCUGACAGUGCUCAAGACAGUGAUGUUUCAGAAGAUUCCAUGAGUGUGUACCUCACAAACCAUAAAGUCCACGUCAACUCCAGCCCUCGUACAACUCGAGCGUCACUGGAAUUGGAUAUUACUUCAAGAUCACUGGAGGUGGCUUCACUGAAAAAGCCAAACGACAGCUCAGGGAAGGAAUCGUUUGCAUGAGACUGUCUGAACAUAGCCUGCUGUGUUGUCAGCAGCUGGCUACCACGAUGAGCCACAUUCAUAGGAGAAUGGACUCGGUGGGGGGCAGCCUGUCACAGAUGGCUCCCAUACCACAUUUCUGAGACUGGACUGAGUACAAUAAACUGCAGGAUAUACUGUAACAAUUUGAACAUAAUAUAUAGAUUUUAGUACAAUAAAUUAUUGUUUGCUCUCUAUUAGCAAAGAUAUGUAAUGAAUUGUAUAAAUAUGUAAAAUUAAAAGCAACUUUGGGCUAAUAUAUAAAUAUA